CUGUAUGUUCUUGAACGCGAUCACUGUCAUCUCGUCUCCUACCUCAUAAUAUAAUGUCAUCUGCUAGUACGCCAAGAAAGCACAGCUCGACAAUUGUUCCCUGACAGACUUGUUCACUGAUUCCUUGUUUGGAACGCCUCCAUGAAUCAGAAACUAUUAGUUUGAGAAAAGAAUAGAACAAAAGCAAGAGAUGAGACAUCAACUAUCAUCAUGUUGUACUUCCGCACUACUAGAACUAGAAGAUAAACAAGAUUAAGAUAAGAAAUGAGAUCUAGAUCUACUUCAUAGUCGUGGUCUUCUACUACUUCUUCAUCUGAAGCAAGGAGCUUGCUUUGUCGCUGUCUAGCUUCUACGUCACUAACUCCAGUUGUAUUCCGAUACACGACGACAAAAUAUUAUGAACAACUUACAAGCAGCAGCGCCGGCUGCUGAAAAUGCUGCUGCUCAGCGGCGCGCAGCUGCGCCUCCAGCUGCAUCUUCGUCCAGCAGCUCCACCAAUCCUCAGAAAACAGCUUCUAGCUUUAUUUCAACAUCGUUGACUAAAGAACAACCGCCGAUAAAGAAGACGCUAAGCGACGUUUUGGUGCGAGCAGGCGAAAGCUUCGAGAAUUGGAAAAAGAGAAUCGUGGAACUCGAUAGUGAAGAAAUAGCGCGUCGACAAACUGACCAAGACGCCAAUUGCAGUCGUAAGUUAGCUAUGGCUCAGGUAUGAUAUACAUUCGCUUUGCAACUUCUCCAGUUCUGGUUUUAUUUCGCGCCCGAUUUAGGAUUAGGCAUCAAUGUGCAGAUGACUCUAUCUUCUUCUCGAAAACAAAUCGCUAAACGAAAAAGGGGCUACUAGCUUCCACUUCUUUUUGUUGAUAGGCGACCGGAAACACACAACAAAACUUGAAUAAUGAAACACUGCGCCAGAUAAGUUCUUGGGGUGUUGCUGCACAGUGUCGAAGUGCCGUGUCUAGUAGUGGAGGAGCUCGCAGCUUCCCGUCCCCUAUCAAGAAUAUUAUCGCUGAGUUUCUCGGGAGGCAGAUCCAGUCGCUUUCUGCAAUUGCAGCAGACCAUUGCACUGGUUACGAAUUUUCGGCCGACAUGCUCACACUGCGAAGGGACCAAGAUCGGCUGCGGGCGGUAAACUUCUACCUUCAGCAUGUUCACUCGCAAGCGGGGCAGGGCGUUCAUCGAGUUCCGAUAACGCAGGAACUUUGUACCAAAGCGCCGAAGAUGACCAGCGGCGAGCCUGUGCGGCUUGAUGUUGUCUUCGAGGUGUUGGAGAGAAAGGGCUACACUGUUGAGAAGGCUAACGGCGACGACUUUGAUGACUUCGAGGACUUGCGGGAAAGGGAAGCGUUUCGAGGCGCUUUGCGUGAUCCCACGACUUGCGAGAGCUUGCCUCUAUUCGUGUGCUUCUCAGAGACGGGAGCAAACCAAGAAUGCUUCGACAUUGCCGUGAAUGGGGUGCUCCGAGGCCUGGAAAGAGAGGAGGAAAGGCCACAGCGGUCGGGCAUGUCCGCGGGCGCCGUGAACUACCUUGACGCCUUCCACAGUGUAAUCCAUAAAACGCAGGAAAAGGCAGCAGUCUGGCUUCUGCGAUGCUUCCGUGACAAUCUUUUGGCAGGUAUUCCAACGCUAGAGGUGACGCAGGAACUACUUGACAGGCCGGAUUAUCCGAGGCUUCCAAGUGGCCAGUUGUGUCCACUGUCGCUGCCGCAACUUCGUGCUGAACUUCACAAGUCGUGCUCGCUACACAUGACUGUUUUCUCCAAGAUAUUCACGGGUGAUGUGACAAGCGCAACCAUCAUACAGAUCGAGCUCUCCAAAGCUGACGACGCUGGUGUGACUCAGCAGCAAAGCUUGGAUGACCUCAUCAAUCAUGCCGAGCCCAUCCCAUUCACGAUGGGACUCUCGGGAGAGAGAUGAUGAAGAACAAAACAGACACUAAGAUUUCUAUCUUCGAGCUAGAUGAAUAUUUCCUACGCUAUGAGUAUCAUAAGCGGCGUUUUCUAUUCGACUAAUUGUUAUUGUACUUCUGCAUGAAGAUACAACAGAGCAGCUGCGCCUCCAGUUCGUCAAGACAAACAGUGUCCGUCGUGCCGCAGACGAGGCAGGUUCACAUGUAUGACCCAUCUUUGCAGAUAACGGAAUGGAAUUUUUCGGGCUAUGCGGCUUCAUUCUGAGCAAAGUACAAGUACUUCUGCAGGCUUUCUUUUUCAGCAU